CGAUUGAAACCAUCUCCUCUCUCUGAAAGCUCGUCGGACGGCCGGCUGAUUUUUUCUCUUUUUUUUUGAGCUUUGCUGCUUGAUCGUCCUUCCAUGGCGACGAGAAACCGGACACUGCUGUACAAGAAGCACAGAGCCGCCGUGAAGACUGUUCGCGCUCCUCCGUCGUCGUCUUCAGCCUCCGGUUCCAACGGUCCGGUUAUUGAAAUGGUGAACGCUUCUUUUCUUCGCUCUAAUCGUUCCUCCUAUACUCCUCUUAGCACCGAAGACUAUCCCGGUCCUUCCAUAAUUCAGCGAGCACAGGUGAAGAUGGCUGAGUUUGUUAAGGCUCAUGCCAAGGCUUUGAUGCCCUCAUUUGGGGAUGGAAAAGAGGAUCAACACGCAAUUGAGGUUCUAACCAAGGAGAAUACGGAUCUAUUAAGAAAGUCUGAGAAGAGAUUACAGAAACUUUCUGGAAGUGGUUCUGCUGAGGAUUCAAAUAUUAGAAAGAAUGUACAGUGUUCUCUUGCAACUGACCUUCAAAACCUAUCAGUGGACCUGCGAAGAAAACAGUCAACUUAUUUGAAACGAUUGCAGCUGCAAAAACAGGGACAAGACGGGGUUGACAUAGAGAUGAACUUGAAUGAGAACAGAUCUAGAUUGGAAGAUGAUGAGUUUGGUGAUAUGGUAUGUUAUGCUGCUAUUUAUCUUUGCUGUAAUUUGUAACACAUCGAAUAGGACUCAGCAUCUUUUAGUGUGCUAAGAAUUUAGAGAUUUAUCCACCAAAACUUGCAGUGCUCAAUCGUGCUGUAGUAAUUUAGGUAAGAAGAAGCCUGCAAGAGUUAGGUUUAUAGUCAUGACUCGAGCCGAAAAUAACUAUUUUUAUGAAACCUGACUCAUAAGUUACAUUUUGACAAAGUUGUGUGUGUUUGUGAAAGUAUUUUGGGUUGAAUUUAUGGUCACUAUUUUGUGCUUCAUCAUGCUAGUCCUCUUGAUACUCAAACAGUUAUUUUUGUGAUCAUAUUACAUUUUUUUUUGUGAGUAGCCCCAUUAACCUGCUAAUUUUACACAAUUCAUCACACGCAUUUUAUCUGCAGACAACCAAGGCAGCAUCAAAGGACUAUUGUGACAUACACCAUAUAUCCACAUAGAUUGGUGGGAAUUUGUAUAGAUUUUUAUACCAUAGUUUCUUCUGAAAA